UUCCAUUAAUUUCCAGAGGCGACAAGUGUCCUCCAUGGAUCGGCUAACUUAGAAAAUGAAUAAAAUUUAGGGUUUUUGUUCCAAAAUCUCAAAUCGAUCCACAUCAGGUUCUUCCAGUUUCUGGUAAGCUUUUCGUACAAUUUCAUCUAUCAAAUCUAACUUCCUUUAAUACAUACAUAGAUAUCAUCACCUCAUUCAUGAUAACAUACACAACUCCAUGACAUUUAGCACCACAAAACCCUAGAAAUCAUUUAGGAAUCAUGGACGGAGAUCCAAACGACCACUUCCACCGGAACGAAGCCAUCUCCGCCGUAGUAGAUGAGGGUUUUCUAGGGGAAGAUGAUGAUGAUGAUUAUGAGGAUCUUUACAACGAUGUUAAUGUCGGUGAGGGUUUUCAUCAGUCUAUUAGGAAAGAUGAGGAUUUAGGGUUUAAGAAUCAGGAUCAAGUUGAGAACAAGUUGGAACCGGUUGAGCAACCGGUGCCGGUGGAUGAUGGAGGUGAGAGGAAGUAUGAGAGUAACGAUGGUGGUGGUGGUUCUAGUAGAGUUGAAGUUGAUUCGAAUGUUCGGGUGGGAGUGAAUGAGGCGGUGGGGAGGGCAUCCGGCGGAGCGGUUGGUAGUAAUUCGAAUAUUAGGGUUGAAUUAGGGCAGGCGUCGAUUAAAGCAGGUGAAGUAGAAAGAGGGCCUUUGAAUAACGAAAACGGCAUGUCGAAUGUAGGGAUGGGGCAACAACAGGUUCAUUAUGUUGGGACGGGAAAUACGGGGAGUUUAGGUAAUGCUGGUGGUGAUGGUUUAGCUGCACAAGGUAGUGGAAAUGUCAAUGGUUUUGGUAAUGGAGGGGGUGGUGGUGCGGGUGGGGGGACGAUUCUAUUCGUGGGAGAUUUGCAUUGGUGGACGACUGAUGCUGAGCUUGAGUCGGAACUUUGCAAGUAUGGUCAUGUGAAGGAGGUGAAGUUCUUUGACGAGAAAGCUAGUGGAAAAUCGAAAGGGUAUUGUCAAGUUGAAUUCUAUGAUCCGUCAGCUGCCAUAGCUUGCAAGGAGGGAAUGAAUGGGCAUGUGUUCAAUGGUCGUCCCUGUGUUGUUGCAUUCGCUUCUCCAUUUAGUGUUAAAAGAAUGGGAGAAGCACAGGUCAAUAGAAACCAACAGAUGGCUCAGGCUCAGUCAUCUGCAGCUCAAGCUAAGAGGGGUCCUGGAGACCUUCCUGCUAAACCAGGCGGCAACAAUAUGCCAGCUGGUGGGAAUUUUCAAGGUGGCGGUGACAACAACAGAGGAUACGGUAGAGGAAAUUGGGGUAGAGGUAAUGGGCAAGGUAUGGCUGGCCGUGGUCGCAGCGGUGGAAUGGGUGGACGUGGCGGGAUGGGUGGCCGUGGUAUGAUGGGAAACGGGUUUGGACCGUUACCUAUGAUGCAUCCCCAAUCAAUGAUGGGUCAAGGGUUUGAGCCUUCUUUUGGAGGCCCAAUGGGCCGAAUGGGAAGUUACGGUGGUUUCCCGGGUGGGCCCACACCUCCGUUUGCAGGUAUGUUACCUUCAUUCCCACCUGUACCUGGGUUAGCACCCCAUGUUAACCCAGCGUUUUUCGGGAGAGGAAUGCCGAUGAAUGGAAUGGGUAUGAUGCCGACAAGUGGUGCGGAUGGGUCCAACAUGGGAAUGUGGCCAGACCCAAAUACGGCUGGGUGGGCUGGUGAUGAACAGGGCGGUCGAGUAGGUGAAUCUAGUUACGGUGAAGAAGCCGCUUCUGAUCAACAAUAUGGUGAAGGUACUUCAGAUAGAAGACAUAGAGAUGAUAGAGAUCAUGAACACGGGUAUGAAAGAGACUUACCAAGAGAAAAAGAAGCGGUUCAUGAAGACGAGUGGUCCGAAAGAAAGCACCGAGAUGAGAGGGACCAGGCACGGUCACGUGAUCGGGACAAGGACAGGGACCGUGAACGUUCACGUGACCGUGGUAGGGACCGCCAUAGGGAUGAAAGGGACAGAUAUGCUGAUCAUCAUAGGUACAGGGAGGCUGAACCAGACUAUGAUGAUGAGUGGGACCGUGGCCGGUCCUCGCGGACUCAUGCAAAAUCAAGAUUGGCUCAAGAGGAUGAACACAGGUCUAGAUCUAGGGAUGCUGACUAUGGGAAGAGGCGGCGUGUGACUGCAGAAUGACGGUGUGUGGUGGUAGGUUUGUGAUGGGGAACUGAAGCUGUUCAGAGUUGUGUUAGCUUUUGAGAUGCAAAAGAGCCCUGGGGUUUUAGCUACAGAUAUACAAGUGGAACAUUGUUUCAUCUUAUUAGUUAAAGUCUGUUUGAAUUUAUCAUGUAUUUGAAACUAUGUUGUGGCUUAUGUUUCUUUGCCGGUUAACCUAGACUUUACUACUAUGUUUAAAUGUGAGUUGUGUUAGGAUUUUUGCAGCUUGUUUUGGAGGAUUAACCUCCUACUUUCGGUUGUUUUCAUAUGUAUUUUUUGUUGUAUUUUUCAUUCUUUUGUUGUAUUCGUAUGUAUAUAGCUCUGCCGGCUGUGGCUUCUAGGUAUGUAGAGAAUAGUGACUAGGAUUAACUGACCACUUGAAUGGGAUGUCCACAUUGGAACCUCAAGGUCAACAACACUGUAUGUAUAUUAUGUUGAUACAGAUAAUCAAUGCGACUCUUGGAUUA